UCCUCCUCGUUUACGGUCUCUGACAGCCUGACUGUGCAAAGACGGCGAGAAGCGACCGACACAGACCGGCGGGGGAGGCAGGCAGGCGGCGCAAAGGAAAGGAAAAGACGGGAGGGGGGAACAUUCAGACAGUGUCCCGUAUUUGGAAUAACCAGGACAAGAAUACAGAUAGUCUUUUUUUGUUGUUGUUGUUGAAAGUUUGUUUUCUCUUUUUGACGUGAAACGAGGUUCUUUGUAACCUUCAACAGAAAGAGCCGCAUUUUGUCCUCCGACUGGAAACUCGAAGGUAACUGCAGACCAAACUAGGGAGACGUUUGGUUUCUGGACGAAGAAUGGGAUUUAAAGAACAUAUCUGCCAGCAGUGAGUGAGGGGAACGCAGCCCAGCAAGAAAGAAGGAAGAACUGUCGCAGAAAUAUUGGAAGUGUGCGCUUACUGCGUGUCCUUUGGUGAGGUGGGGUGCGGGGGGGGGGGGGAGAGAGGAAAGAUGGCAUUUAGAGGGGAAGAAAAGUAGCGUUAGCGUCAGUUCUCCCUGGCUAGCUCCGGAGCUAAGCUAGCAGCGGGCUUGCUCACUAAGCCUGUGUCGCCCUUUCAUUCCUGGAGCAGAGGAGGGGCGCCGGGGCUCUCCGUAGCACUGCGGGUCUGCCGUUGCGUUUCAGGGCUCGCUGGAAGAAUGGAGAACCCCAAACAUCUGCCUCGGCACCAGCUCAGUGAAGACUGCUGAUUUUUUUUAUUUUUUAUUUCUUUUUGUUUCGCUUUGAAAAGGGAGCACCAACUUGAUUCUGCACUGUUUUUCCCCCCCUCGGCCCCCCAGAGAGCGCAGAAGAGCGGAGGGAGCUGCAGGAAUCCACCGGCCUGGGGCAGCCUGGGACUCGCCUGCUUGUUUUCUUAUGCGCCCGGAGGGGAGCGGGCACAGGGGGGCGAGGGGGGGAGGUUAACAAAAUAACGGGGGAAUCGUUCACGUCUCACCCACCUUAUGGAUGCUGGAUCUGAACGGGGAGAUCAUGAGAGGGUCGGUUUUGCGAACGGAACGAGCUCCAUUGUGCCCGCGACGCAAAGUUUGAAUAUUUUCAAGACAUCCUCAAGGUGAGAGAAGUUUCUCUCCAGGCCCUUCUGCGCCAACCAACAGGGCCAGAAGAAGCUAACAGGCCUGAACAAAACAUGUCGGGAGAGGUGCGUUUGAAGAAGCUGGAGAAGCUGCUCCUGGACGGCCCAGCUCAGUCUAAUGGCCAGUGUCUGAGUGUGGAAACCCUGCUGGAUAUACUGGUGUGUCUGUACGACGAGUGCAACAACUCCCCCAUCAGAAGGGAGAAAAAUAUCCUGGAGUUCUUGGAUUGGGCCAAACCUUUCACUUCCAAAGUGAAGCAGAUGCGUCUGCACAAGGAAGACUUUGAGAUCCUGAAGGUUAUUGGAAGAGGAGCAUUCGGCGAGGUCGCGGUGGUAAAAGUGAGAAACACGGAUAAGGUCUUCGCUAUGAAGAUUCUCAACAAGUGGGAAAUGCUCAAGCGAGCAGAGACGGCGUGCUUUCGAGAGGAGCGGGACGUUUUGGUGAAUGGAGACAGCCAGUGGAUCACCACCCUGCACUACGCCUUCCAGGACGACAACAACCUGUACCUGGUCAUGGACUACUACGUGGGUGGCGACCUGCUGACCCUGCUGAGCAAGUUUGAGGACCGACUGCCUGAAGAAAUGGCCAAGUUCUACCUUGCUGAGAUGGUGCUGGCCAUCGACUCCGUUCACCAGCUCCACUACGUCCACAGGGACAUCAAACCCGACAACAUUCUGCUGGAUAUGAACGGCCACAUCCGCCUGGCCGACUUCGGCUCCUGCCUCAAGCUCAUGGAGGAUGGGACGGUCCAGUCCUCUGUGGCAGUAGGAACUCCAGAUUACAUUUCCCCCGAGAUCCUCCAGGCGAUGGAAGACGGGAAGGGCAAGUAUGGACCCGAGUGCGACUGGUGGUCCCUGGGCGUCUGCAUGUACGAGAUGCUGUACGGGGAGACUCCUUUCUAUGCAGAAUCCCUGGUGGAAACCUACGGGAAAAUCAUGAACCAUAAGGAGCGAUUCCAGUUCCCACAGCAGAUAACAGACGUGUCGGAGGAAGCGAAAGAUCUGAUUCGCCGCCUCAUUUGCAGUCGGGAACACAGGCUGGGUCAAAACGGCAUUGAGGACUUCAAACAGCAUCCGUUUUUCACUGGCAUUGACUGGGACAACAUCCGUACGUGUGAGGCCCCUUACAUCCCAGAAGUCAGCAGUCCUACAGAUACCUCUAACUUUGAUGUAGACGACGACUGUCUAAAGAAUUCGGAGACUAUGCCUCCUCCCUCUCACACUGCCUUCUCUGGCCAUCACCUGCCGUUUGUGGGUUUCACCUAUACAAGUAAAUGUUCCCUAUCGGACCGGGGCUGCCUCCGACAGCUGGCCGUGGAUCCAGGCAAAGCAGGGCAGGAGCAGUUGGACCUGGAUGUCCAGCGCAGGCUGGAGGAUAGUCUGGCCACCGAGGCCUACGAGAGAAGGAUACGUCGUCUGGAGCAGGAGAAACUAGAGCUGAGUCGCAAACUGCAAGAGUCGACUCAGGCUGUGCAGGCCCUGCAGCACCCAACAGGCGAGGGACCAGUCAGCUCCAACAAGGAAGUGGAGAUCAGGAGCCUCAAGAGCGAGAUCGACAUUCUCAAGAAGCAGAUCGCAGACUCAGGCCAACUGGAGAAGCAGCUGGAGGACGUGACGUCAGCGCGCAGGGACCUGGAGGACUCGUCCAAACACAUCAAGAGUCUGGAGAAGCAGAUGAAAAGCAUCACACAGGAGAGGGACGACUUACAGAAGGGCCUUGUGGAGGCGGCUGAGAAAAUGAAGUCCCAGUCUAAAGAGCUGAAGGACGCCCACAGCCAGAGGAAGCUGGCCAUGCAGGAGUUUUCUGAGCUCAAUGAGAAGCUGACAGAGUUCAGGUCUGCAAAGCAGCGCCUGGUUCGCCAGCUGCGCGACAAGGAGGAGGAGAUGGAGAGCCAGAAUCAGAGGGUGGAGGCUCUCCGCCUUGAGGUGCGAAAGGCUGAGAGGGCCAAGAAGGAGAUGGAGGUUCAGGCUGAGGAGCAAGCCGCUGAGGCUCAGAAAGAGAAGAAGCUGAGAGAGCGCAACGAGCAGUACAGCCGCCAGCUGGAGGAAGAACUGGAAGGACUUAAGGUGAAGCAGGUCGGCUCCCCGGCCGCUCCGGCUUCAGCUGACCAGACGCAGGAGGUGGGGCGUCUGCGAGCGGAGAUGGAGAAGAAGACGCUGCUGUACGAGGAGGAGCUGGGGCGCAGAGAAGCGCAGCACAGCACCGAGCUCAAGGCGCUGCGCAAAGAGCUGAGGGACGCUGAGAGCCAGCAGCUCAACCUGCAGAAAGAGAUCCUGAUGCUGAAAGACAAACUGGACAAGAUCCGCCGGGAGAGCCAAAACGAGCGUGAAGAGUUUGAGACGGAGUACAAGCAGAAAUAUGAGCGUGAAAGAAUCCUCCUCACUGAGGAGAAUAAGAAGCUGUCCAGUGAAUUAGACAAGUUGAGCGGGAUGUUUGAGAAGGUGAACAUCUCCAACCAGCAGCUGGAGGACGAGAUGAGGGAGCUGGCUGACAAAAAGGAGAGCGUGGCCCACUGGGAGGCCCAGAUCACCGAGAUCAUCCAGUGGGUGAGUGAUGAGAAGGACGCCCGGGGUUACCUUCAAGCUUUGGCCACUAAGAUGACCGAGGAGCUGGAGGGUCUGAGAAACACCAGCCUUGGCGCGAGAGCAACGGACAUGCCGUGGAAGAUGCGACGCUUCGCUAAGCUGGACAUGUCGGCUCGCCUGGAGCUGCAGUCGGCGCUGGACACGGAGAUCAAAGCCAAGCAGAGCAUCCAGGACGAGCUGAAUAAAGUCAAGGCGGACGGCAUCUCCACCGAAUGUAAACUGAAGGAGGUGGAGAGUAAAAACCAGGAGCUGCUGGCUGAGAUUGAGAGGCUGAAGAAGGAGACGGAGGAGCUCCGGCUGCGAAGAGGUGUCAAGCACCAGGAUUCCCAGAAUUCCUUCCUGGCUUUCCUCAACGCCCCCACCUCGGCCCUCGACCAGUUCGAUGACUCUUAUUCCUCAUCCUCAUCUUCUUUAAUUGAGUUUUGGGAAGAUCGCUCGCCGUCCGUCGGCCCGACUAAAGGCAGACGUGUGGACUCCAUGGAUAACUUCACCCCGUCCAACACUCCGUCUCGGGAAGACGACCCCAAGUCCCACCUCAAGUCGCAUUCCCGUUCCCCUUCCAUGGCUAGCGACAUGGAGCCGAUAGAGCUGAUAGACCACCCAGGCCGAACUGUUCAGACCCCCACCAUGCGUUCAGGAGGUUACGGCAGCAUCGGACGCUCCUCACCAAAGCCCAAAGCACAUCAGUUUGUUGUCAAGUCCUUCAACGCGCCCACAAAGUGCAACCAGUGCACCUCCCUCAUGGUGGGGCUCAUCCGUCAGGGCUGCACCUGUGAGGUGUGUAAUUUUUCCUGCCACGUAACUUGUGCGGACAAAGCUCCAGCUGUGUGCCCCGUGCCCCAGGAUCAGACCAAGGGUCCGCUGGGCAUUGACCCCCAGAGGGGCAUCGGUACUGCGUACGAGGGCUAUGUGAAGGUUCCCAAACCCACUGGAGUGAAGAAGGGCUGGCAGAGAGCCAUGGCUGUGGUGUGCGACUUCAAACUGUUCCUCUAUGAGCUGGGCGAAGGGAAGGCCACCCAACCGAGCGUCGUCGUCAGCCAGGUGUUGGAUAUGAGGGAUGAGGAGUUUUCAGUCAGCUCAGUUUUGGAGUCGGAUGUCAUCCAUGCCAGCCGCAAGGACAUACCGUGCAUAUUCAGAGUGACAGCGUCCCAGCUCUCCCCCUCCAGCAGCCACAAGGCGUCCAUCCUGAUCCUGGCCGACAGCGACCAGGAGAGGAACAAGUGGGUGUGUCUGCUGAACGAGCUGCACCGCAUCCUGAAGAAGAACAAGCUGAAGGAGCGCUUCGUCUACGUCCCCAAGGAGGCGUACGACUGCACCCUACCCCUCAUCAAGACCACCCAGUCUGCUGCUAUCAUAGAUCAUGAGCGCGUCGCCCUUGGCAACGAAGAAGGCCUCUUUGUCAUCCAUGUCACCAAAGAUGAAAUAAUCCGUGUGGGAGACAACAAGAAGGUCUACCAGAUCGACCUGAUCCCCCAGGAGCAGCUGCUAGCCGUCAUCUCGGGCCGGAACCGCCACGUCCGCCUCAUCCCCACUCAGGCGCUGGACGGCCGCGAGACCGAGUCCAACAAGCUGGCCGAAACGAAAAACUGCCAGAGUCUGGUUUCGGGGCCGGUCCGGAACGGCAGCCUCACCUGCCUCUGUGUGGCCAUGAAGAGUAAAGUCAUCUGCUACGAGGUGAAUAAGGGGAAAUCGCGCCACCGGGUGCUGCGGGAGCUGCAGGCCCCGGGGCCCGUCCAGUGGAUGGGUCUGCUCAGUGAGCGUCUUUACGUGGGCUACCAGUCCGGCUUCACGCGCUACAGUGUCCAUGGCGACGUGUCCCCGGUCAGCCUGCUGCACCAUGAGGACCACACCCUGGCCUUCAUCCCGCAGCAGAGCCUGAGCGCGCUGUGCGCCGUGGAGAUCUCCAGCAAAGAGCUGCUGCUGUGCUUCAGCUCCAUCGGCGUCUACGUAGACUCUCAGGGUCGGAGGUCACGGCAGCAGGAGCUCAUGUGGCCGGCUCAUCCCAGCGCCGCCUGCUACAACGCCCCCUACCUGUCGGUGUACAGUGAGAAUGCUGUGGAUGUGUUUGAUGUGAAUACCAUGGAGUGGAUCCAGACCAUUCCUCUGAAGAAGGUGCGACCUCUGAAUGUUGACGGAUCUCUGAACCUGCUGGGCCUGGAAACGGUGCGCCUGAUCUAUUUUAGAAACAAGAUGGCUGAGGGGGACGAGCUGGUCGUCCCGGAGACGUCAGACAACAGCAGGAAGCAGAUGGUGCGCAGCAUGAACAACAAGCGGCGCUUCUCCUUCAGGAUACCAGAGGAGGAGCGGCUGCAGCAGAGGAGAGAGAUGCUGCGAGAUCCAGAAAUGAGGAACAAGCUAAUCUCCAACCCCACCAACUUCAACCAUGUGGCCCACAUGGGACCAGGAGACGGGAUCCAGAUCCUGAAAGAUCUCCCCAUGCAGAAUGUCCGUGUUCAGGAGACCCGGGCGGGGUUCAGCGGCUCUGUCAGCAUUCCCUCCAUCACCAAGAAUCGGGCGGAGCCGGGGCGCUCGAUGAGCGCCAGCAGCGGACUGGGCAUACGCUCGUCGUCUCAGAACGGCAGCGCUCUGCGCAGGGAGCUGUCCGGGGGAAGCUACGGGUCCAAACGCCAGACCAUGACCUCGCCCUCCGAGAGCUCCCUGUCAUCCGGCGGGGGGAUGGACUGCGGCGACGCUCCGCUCUCCCAGUUCGACAGAGAGUGGCAGGCGGUCUCGCCGUCGGAGAAGACCCCCGAUCUGAAAAGGGCUUUAAGGACCCUGCUUAGUAAGAUGAAGGACUCUGACUCCCCCCGUCACUCCACGGCCUCCAACAGCUCCACCUUCAGCAGCCCCCCCAGCCCGGCGUCCCCACACAAGACCAAGUCCCUGUCCCUGGAGAGCACAGACCGGAUGGGCUGGGACACAUGAGCCCUCCCCACUGUCCCCUCACCCCAUUCCUCCCUGACCUCGCCCCUACACCACCCCCUCCUCCCGCCUCCACUGCCCAGAGAACUGCACCUCCCACCCGCCGCUCCCUCCUCCUGACGAACUGCCUCUGGACGUUGCUUCCUGAUUGGACGGAAACACUACAAACUCUGGGCCUUUUCGAGGGGAAACCCCCCAAAAUGAGAAUGAGAGCUGCGCUAUGAUUAUCCAGAAUAGACACUGACACUCCUCCCUACCCAGCAUAGAGAUUCGCAUAGAGACGCCAAACUUUACGACACAACAGAAAAAAAUAAGAAGCGGAUUGUCGACGAGAGAAAAUUAUUUGUAUUUGUACAUAGGACCAGCCGGGUUUCAGGGGGACAAUUUUAAUUUAUUUAUCGAUCUUAGAUGGGGAAAGUUACGUUUGCUUCCACGCAACAUGAAGCAAAUGUUUUCCCAGUCGCUUUUUCUUUUUCCGUCUCUGUCGCAUAUUAUUAAAAAAAAGGAAGCGAGAAGAAAAGGAAUGAGUUUUAGUUUUCUCCUGAUACUCAGUGCAGUGACUUUAUAUUUUCUAAUUAUUGUUAUUUUGAGCGUUAGCAAAAAACCUUCCUACUGUGCUACUCUCUUCCUCAUUGGUUCAUCCAGGGAGGCGUCCUCCGUCAUCGUAGCGUUAGAUGUUCCACUUUGCUGUGCAACCAAACUGACCAACUCACUGACUCCCAUCGCAAUGAUGUACAUAGGUUCAAAGUAGAGUAAUAUAUGAUAAGGAAAAUACUAUAGAGAACUACACGGGGAAUGAGCAAAGAAAUCCUAAUUUGGUUUUUGUUUUGAGUGAUUUUGAGUUUUUAUUCACACAAAAAGCCAUUUUUAAACCACUUUGUUGUUUUUUUUAAAUCAGUUUUAUGAGUUAGUUUUAUAUCCUAAGUCUGACACGUUCUGUUGUGUUUUUGGUUUUUGUGUUUCUCUCCUCCACCCCCAAUUUACGAACUGACACUACUGCUCAAACUAUCUAGUGGAAAAUGUGCAUUUCUCACCAACCCGCUAUCACACAUUUAUCUGCACUCUUGUACACUGAUACGUUGGUUUUACGCAGCAAACGCCUCAUCCCUACGGCUCCUCUGGUCGUCCGAUGGGCUGUGGAACUGGGAUAGAAAAAAGGUUGAUCCCUCUACCAAUGGAUAAGCUCUAUUUAACCAAAUACGGACAAAAGAGGGACAUUUUGGUAACCUGCUUUCUUUUGUCACAGCCGUUGCUUGUUAAAAAUGUGCUGAAAUGUCAAUUAAAAGCUCUUGAUGGAAACAGAGCACUAAAACAAGGAAUGUAAACACUUAAACCAGCGCGUGACUCCUAUGUACUUCUGAUUGUUUUGCUAAUACUAACUGGGCUGGAGCUAUAAACUCACUUGGUUUUGGGGAGAUUUUUUGUUGUUGUAUUUUACUGUAGCUGUUGAGCAGUUUCUGCCAUUUACUUUGCCAGUUUUGAACCCCAUUUACUAAAGGAACAACUCAUGGAGCAUAAUCUGACAAGAGCAGAAUCUGACAGUAACCUAUGUGGAUUAGACACAAAUCAAACACAAUUUUCUGUUAUUUAAAACACAGAAACAUUCUCAAUACUAAAAUAGUUUUCUUUUGGAUAAACGUAGAAUAAACAUUCCUAUCGUACACAGUAUUUUCUCUUUUCCCUCCAUUGAGGAGUCCAAGUUGAAGCCUGUCAGGAUCAGCACCAUAUAAGGGAAUCAAACAUUACAUUCUUCAGUGGUCAUUCCUGCUGCUUCCCCCUGUUGAAAUCCAACAAAUUAGCUCUCCAUAUCUCAUUCCAAGUGUUUUGUUUAUGGAUUUUAUUUUCUAUUGUGAUUUGAAGCUCAAAGCUUAUUUUCCAACAAUCGGAACCUUUUUAAGCGUGCAGCUCUCCAUUUUUUGCCUGCAAGUGGUGUCCGGUAGGAGGGAAAGGAAGCAGACUUUGUUGGGCGGGAGGUGUUUUAACAUCGGUCGAUAUGUUUAAAAAAAAAAAAAACUGACUGAUCCCAGAUGUUCUGGAGCGAGGAAGGAAAUCUCAGGAAAUGUGUCGAGGUCGGCCUAUGGGACGGAUGGCGUGAGUCGAUGGGUGGUAGGUGAUCCGAUGGCCAAAGUGCCGCGGUUUUCUGUGGAGGAAGGCCUGAACGAAAUCAAACGCCUUUACAUUUCAGUGAGGUCUUAUCUACAGUACCUUCUAUAUUAUUUUUGCUCUUUCAUAUCAUAUUACACGUUUUUUUUUCUAGGAUUGGUUUGUAAUAAUUUGUACAGUUUUGCAUGUUCUAGAUGUAAUCAUUUUGUUUUUGGUUUGUUUUACUUGCUCCUUUUUGGACUGUUUGGGCGUUUUACUGAGGAUAACCCACUACAGGUGAUGUAGAUUCCUUUUUGCACAAAAAUAUUUAAGGUGUAAGGUCAAAAAUAAUGUAUGGAACUGGCUGCCACACUGAUGUGGAGAACUCAUAUUAACCUGACUCCGAUGUAUUUCAAUAAAGCGGAGGGCUGUUACAAAUACA